AUGAAGAUGAAUGGUGUUCCUUCUGAAGCAGUGCGCUUACUAUUGUUUGGGCUUUCUUUAAGAGAUAGAGCUAAGCAAUGGUUGAAUUCUUUAGCUCCAAAUAACAUCAUCGCAUGGGAACAAUCUGCUGGAGGGGCACUUAUGAACAAGAGUUUGGAUGAAACCGAAGAAAUAAUUGAAAGUGUAGCACAAAAUCACCAUCAAUGGGUUAAUGAAAGAAGUGGUUAUUCUUGUGGGAACCCAACAACAAAAGCAUCAAGGAAAUUUGAUGUUGAUGCAGUUACUUUAUUAGCUGCAAAACUGGAUGCUCUUACAAAGAGAUUUAAAAACAUGGGAGCUAUUCCAAGUACGGUUAAUGCCAUUGUUUCUUCUUGUGAAGUAUGUGGAAGUUUUGAACAUUCUAAUGACUCAUGUCCAUUGGGGGCUAUCACUGCACAAAUCAAUUAA